AAUACCUAGUUAUUUCCCUUGUUUUAUUGGUUGAGAUGCCGGCGUUAACCAGAGUUUGGUGUCUAGAUCGACAACUACGAUGGCGAUGCCCUGGCUGAGCUGAUCAAACACCAUGACAUCCGGAACCCGGAGACCAACAACGAAGUCCUGCCGCCCGUUCCAUUCAAUUUGAUGUUCAAGUCCACCAUAGGACCCAGUGCCGCCGCCCCGGUCUAUCUCCGACCGGAAACCGCUCAGGGUCAGUUCUUGGAUUUCAAGAAGCUGCUGGACUACAACCAGGGCUCCAUGCCGUUUGCGUCGGCCAGCAUUGGCAAAUGUUACCGCAACGAGAUCUCUCCCCGGACCGGACUUCUCCGGGUCCGGGAGUUCCUGUUGGCCGAGAUCGAACAUUACGUCGACCCGGAAAAGAAACAGCACCCACGCUUUCCCGAGGUGCGCGACAUUGUGCUGCCGUUGCUUGAUAAGGAGACCCAGCUGUCGGGCAAAACGGUCCCUCAGACAAUCUCGAUAGGCCAGGCCGUCGAGUCCAGGAUCAUCGACAACGAGACUCUGGGCUACUUUCUUGGGCGAAUCGUGUUGUUUCUGGUGAGACUCGGAGUCGACCGGUCCAAGGUGCGGUUCCGGCAACAUCUCGCGAACGAGAUGGCUCACUACGCCUGCGACUGCUGGGACGCCGAACUCCUCACGAGCUACGGAUGGGUGGAGUGCGUUGGCUGCGCAGACCGAAGCGCUUACGACUUGACAGUGCACUCAAGGUAUACCGGCGCCUCUUUGACUGUCAAAGAGGCACUUCCGGAACCCGUGAAAGUCGAGGAGUGGCAGGCCGCGCUCGAUAAGAAGCUUACCGGGCUGCGUUUCAAGAAAGAUGCGAAGGUGGUACAGGCAGCCGUCGAAAGGCUGGAUCAGCCCGCACUGGAAGCGCUGGCUGCUGAACUUGAGCAACACGGAGCAGUGGCUCUUGAGACCCCGGCUUUGGCUGACGGAACCACGCGCGUGGAGCUACCCAAGGAGCUCCUGUCCAUCUCCAAAACGACUCGCAUGCAGACCACCCGAGAAUACACGCCAAACGUGAUUGAGCCGUCCUUUGGCAUCGGGCGAAUUCUCUACUGCUUGUUGGAGCAAGUGUACUGGCAUCGGCCCAACGAUGCCGCGAGAGCGGUCUUGUCCUUGCCUCUCUCCGUGGCACCAAACAAGGUCCUCAUCGUCCCCCUGUCCUCCAACCCGCAGCUCAAUCCCAUCGCCCACGCGCUCUCGGCCCGGCUGCGACGUCUAGGCAUCGCCAAUGUUAUCGAUGCGUCGAGCGCGUCUAUUGGCAGACGGUAUGCGCGAAAUGACGAGCUGGGUACGCCGCUGGGCGUGACGGUCGACUUCGACACCUUGAAGGACGGGUCGGUGACGUUGAGGGAACGGGAUUCCAUGGUCCAAGUCAGGGGCUCGGAGGACGAGGUUGUGAUGGCCAUCAAGGGCUUGGUGGAGGGGACCGAGACAUGGGAACAGGUCACGGCGAGGAUGGAAAUCUUCGGUGGGCAGGGAGAGGAUCAGUAGAAAGAGAGGGUAGCCGGCGCUGUGUAACCGAGUCUCAAGUAUAACCGGCGGACUGCUUUCUAGACAGGGAAGGGAGAUAGUACGCUAGGGAACGCAUUUUGCAGUGAUCAGCGCGUCUAAUAACGGUUGAUGGCACCUUCUUCCUCUAUAGAUGCUAAAGAAAUAAAAGAAAAGAGAAGAAAAAGAAGGUUGUGUAUCCCGUAUGUGAAUAUGUGCUUUCCAGUGUCGGCGUGUGUAAAAGGACUCGUA